AUGGUACGGCUUCAGCGGAUUCAUGCGUACCACGGCGGUGCUGCCUCUCCGAUUGGAAAGGUGAUCGCCGUUUUCGUGCAAAGGAAUUGGAUGCCGGUGCUUCGGGGUUGGCCACGGUUACUAAGAGAUGUGCACUUUAAUUUUAUCAAUAAUGAUCUUCUAUGACAUGUGGAUGCAAAAAUUAGAAGGUUGGCUCAUCACCAUCCAUUCAUCAGCGAGUUUAUUAAAUAUGGUGAUGAAGAUCGAGGAUUUGGGUGCAUCCGCCUUCAAGAACAAUUGUUCAUCCGGAUGCAAUCAUACAUGUAUAAAGCAGUAUGGACAGCAUCAUACUUCUUCCACACAAAAAGGAACUUAUACAACGAUAAGAAUGGCAAAUUUAUCAGCUGGCGGAAAAGUGGACCAUCUAGAUCAAUAAUCUUGGAUGGGAGUCUGCAUGGUUGCAAGGAAGUAUUUGUCUUGUACGCCUUCAACAAUAGUGAUAACAGCACUCAGAGAACUUUAUGGGAAUUACAUAAAUAUCACACCAAAACACAAUGGACCCUUUUGAUAGAGCAAUGGUGUCGUGUGACCUGCAGUGUUACUGGAAUUAAGGUGCUCAUCUGA